UACAUCUCAAGCAGCCGGCUGUCUAAUUCAACGUGGUCUGCUGAGAGGGACGGACAGAUGGGCGCACAGAGCGCCAGCACGCGAGGCCGCCGUCGGAAGCGACUGCCCCGAUGGCCGAUCGUCCCUUCGUACCGGAUGACCUCGUGUGGGGAGCGCACAACCAAUUGUGGUCGUGACCGUCAUGUAUAAAUGCCUCCCUUGUGGCUGCUACGGGCUGCGUAGCACCCCCCGUAUCCAUCAUGCUGUCAAGACUAGCUCGGCGGGGCGUAAGCCCAUUGGCGCGUUCGAUGGCGACGCAGGCGCGAGGACUCCCUGCUCUCCUCGAGAAGAAGCCGGGUGAUGUGGUCAUAACAUUCGCGAAGCGUACGGCAAUGGCUCGUGCAAGGAAGGGACAGUUAAAGGACAUUCCGGUCGACGAGCUCAUGCAGGCUCUCAUAAAGGCAACCCUUGAACAGACUAAGCUCGACCCGGGCAAGCUGGAGGACAUCUGUGUCGGGACGUGCCAUCCGCCAUCGCCUACGUACGUCUCCCGAGCUGCAGCCCUUGCCGCCGGUAUACCAGCAGACGUGCCAGUGUCCGCUGUGAACCGUCUCUGUGGCUCUGGCCUGCAGGCUAUCAGGAUCAUUGCUAGCGCAAUACAGGCCGGCGAUAUGUCGUUUGGAAUGGCCAUAGGUGCUGAGAGCAUGUCCCAGAACCCUCGUCCAACUCCCGAAAUUGUACCGCCAGUGGAUGCCAAUCCACGAGCACACGAUUGUGUGCAGCCCAUGGGGUGGACGUCUGAGAUGGUCGCACAGACGUACAAGGUCCCGAGGCAGAAACAGGAUGAGUAUGCGUUAAUCUCGCAUACACGAGCAGAGAAGGCUACCAAGACGGGCAUCUUUGCGGACGAGAUCAUCCCGGUCGAGCUGCGAGGUGCGGUGGUAUCCGUUGACGACACGAUCCGUCCAGGUACUACUCUCGAGGGGCUUUCAAAGCUGAAGCCAUCAUUCCCUGACUGGGGCGAUUCCUCCACAACGGCCGGCAAUGCGAGCGGUUUGGGCGAUGGUGCCGCAUUGUGCAUAUUGACCACCCGCGAGCGUGCGGAGAAGGAAGGUCUCAACAUCUUAGGCAAGUAUGUCACUAGCACCUUCGUUGGCGUGGAGCCCAAGUACAUGGGUAUCGCCCCGGUUGCCGCCGUGUCCAAGGUGCUGGCUCAAGCAGGGCUUUCCAAAGAAGAUGUCGAUGUGUACGAGAUUAACGAGGCAUUCGCGUCGCAAUUCGCAUACUGCGUGGAACAGCUGCAGAUCCCGAUUGAGAAAAUCAACCCGAACGGUGGAUCUAUUGCUCUGACGCAUCCCCUUGGCAUGACCGGUGUGCGCCAAGUAGUGACUGGUCUUGCUGAGCUCAGGCGGAGGGGUGGAAGUAUAUUGUGCACCAGUAUGUGUAUCGGCAGCGGCAUGGGAGGUGCAGGUAUCUUUGUGAAUGAGGCACAUUAGGUCUGAGCUCGAGUUGGGAGAGUUGCAAUAUACUCCUUGUUCUACCUUUUGCGACCUUCUGCCGGAAGGCGUUCAUUCUGCAUACUGUCAAAAAAUGGGUUCUUCGAC